AUGCCCUCGCGUUGCGUACUUGCGACGCUCUUUCUCGCCAGCAGUUGCGCGUUGGUAAACGCCGAGCUUCCAGCCCUACCGGAUGAUUAUGAUGUACUCCAAUACAUUGAUCCGCUGAUCGGCACUGCAAAUGGAGGCAAUGUCUUUGCGGGUGCCACUCUGCCUUAUGGGAUGGCUAAAGCUGUCGCCGAUACUGAUUCGGAAAGCAACCAGGGCGGUUUUGCAUAUGAUGGCAGUAAUGUCACCGGGUUUUCAAGCAUGCAUGAUUCUGGUACUGGCGGCAGCCCUUCCCUUGGGAAUUUCCCUCUCUUUGCGUAUCCGCAGUGUGCAAAUGAUAAUGUGGAUGGUUGUGUCUUCCCGAAGAAGGCCAGAGCUACCCCUUACAAGAACGGCUCUGUUGAGUCCCGCCCAGGCUACUUUGCUAUCUCGCUGCCCUCUGGAGUGCGUGUUGACAUGACUGCCGCUCAUCAUACAACGCUUUUCCGUUUUAAUUUUACAAAUGCUACCAGUCCGUUGAUUCUCUUGGAUCUUUCCGACCUGUCGGACUCGCGGCAAGACAAUGCAACUAUUUCCGUUGAUGAGCUCACUGGACGUAUGACUGGAAGCGCGAAAUUUCUGCCUAGCUUUGGUAGUGGAACAUACACUCUUCAUUUCUGUGCAGAUUUCAAAAGCUCCGCCAGUUUAAGGGAUAGUGGGAUUUUUGUCGAUGCUCGGGCCAGCACCGAUGUUCAUGACCUGAAGAUAUCGCGGAGUAUCAAUGGCUAUCCUCUCCCAGGUGGUGGCUUUGUACGCUUUAAUGCCCCGUCUGAUGGCCUCAUUCAGGCUCGUGUUGGGGUGAGCUUUAUCAGCCCAGACAAGGCUUGCUCUCAUGCCGAAUCAGAGAUUGGCGGCUUCAAUUUUGAGUCUACACAUAAGUCUGCCGUUGAUCAAUGGACCAAGAAACUUAGUCCGAUUCGCGUCUCACGAACCGGUGUCAAAUCGUCGGUUCUCACCAAUUUCUACAGCGGCAUCUACCGAACUAUGGUGAACCCCCAGAACUAUACAGGCGAAAACCCCCUCUGGACCAGCACAGAGCCAUAUUUUGAUUCUUUUUACUGUUUAUGGGACUCUUUUCGCUCGCAGCUUCCUUUCCUCACGAUUACCGACCCCAGCGCGGUCGCUCAGAUGGUUCGUUCUCUGAUUGAUACGCAGCGCCAUCUCGGGUGGCUUCCCGACUGCCGCAUGUCGCUUUGCAAAGGAUAUACCCAGGGAGGAUCAAAUGCCGAUAACAUCCUCGUUGAUGCUUAUGUGAAGGGCAUCACCGAUGGCAUUGACUGGAAUUAUGGAUAUGCUGCUGUCCAGAAAGAUGCCGAAGUAGAACCUUUUGACUGGUCCAAUGAAGGCCGUGGAGGACUCCACAGCUGGAAAACGCUGAACUAUAUUCCAGUCGAAGACUUCGACCACGUGGGCUUUGGAACUAUGACUCGAAGUAUCUCACGCACACUUGAGUACUCAUACAAUGACUAUGCUAUCGCCCAAAUGGCACGUGGAAUGAACAAAAUGGCUGAUGCAGAGAAGUACGAAAAGAACUCGGGAGCCUGGCAAAACUUGUUUAAAAAAGAUCAAACUUCAUACCUCAAGAAGAACGACACCGGCUUUGUGGGAUUCUUCCAGCCCAAAUACCUCAAUGGGACUUGGGGAUAUCAGGAUCCUCUCAAGUGUUCAAACAUGGACAACACAAGUAUAUGCUCUCUACAGAACACUGGCGCAGAAACAUUUGAGUCGAGUAUCUGGGAGUACCAAUUCUUCGUACCUCACGAUAUGGCCGCACUUAUCCCUCUACUUGGCGGUCCCUCAAGCUUUGUCAAGCGUCUCGACUACCUACAUGAGAAAAACAUCACAUACAUCGGUAAUGAGCCUGCCUUCUUGACUGUUUUCCAAUACCAUUAUGCCGGUCGCCCUGCCAAGUCUACUGCGCGAGUUCGCACAUACAUCCCAGAUUACUUUUCUCCGACUCCUACUGGUCUACCUGGCAAUGAUGACUCUGGUGCGAUGGGAUCUUUCGUCGCAAUGUCGAUGAUGGGACUCUUCCCAAAUCCAGGACAGAGCGUCUACUUACUCACCGUCCCGUUCUUCGAGUCGGUGAAGAUUACCUCGCCGCUGACAGGCAAAACGGCUUCUCUGCGCGUGGUCAAUUGGGCCGACUUUAAUAACGCCAACAACACCGGUGGAACAGGUUUCAUCCAGUCCGCUACUCUCAAUGGCUUGCCAUAUACACGGAACUGGGUCGAUCAUGACUUCUUCACCAAAGGCCAGGAUUUGGUUCUGACUUUGGGUCACAAUGAGAGCGAUUGGGGCACGAAGCCUGAAGAUUUGCCACCUUCUUUGACCCAUUCAGCGGACUUGAAAGCGCGCGACCUUGGAGGCUAUGAUAAUCUCGAGGUCGUGGGAGUCUAG